AUGGCUUCGUUGCUUGGGCAGCUUCCUGUGUGGAUUGCGGUGACAGUGGCAACGUGGGUGAUUUGUUGGGCACUUGUGGGCCCACAGAGCUGCCAAGAUCUGGAUGUAUGCGACAAGCAGAUGAAGGUGUACCCAACACACCUCCAUGUCGUAUCCUCCACGGCCCUCGUGGCUAUGUCCGGGCAUGAAGUCUGUGGUUUGAUCGCGACCUACAUGGGUGCACGACAGACCCAAGAGCUCAUCCCACAUUUGCAGAGCCGCUGCCUGCCCAGCUUUUUGCUGGCGCUGAUGUUUGGGUGGCUGGCAGUGGUGGAGCGAUUCUUCUCGAUCCCAGAGGUCACCCUUGCUCAUGUCCACUCCAGCGGCGAUGGACUCACAGUCUUGGGCAGACCCGUCUACACGUUGCGGUACAUCGAAUGGUGCAUAAAUGUUCCAAUUCUUUUCCUUCUGUCAGGCCACUGCAGCUUGGGUCGACCUCUGAAAGAAAUCUCUCGUCCUUUGAUGGUCACAAAUGUCUACAUCAUCCUCUCCUGGAUGGCCACAGUCACAGAGUACGGGCUUUUGAAGUGGAUUCUUAUCAUCAUUGCGUUUAACAUGUACGGUUGGGCUAGCAUGGACAUGAUCGCAUGGAGCCGUGACUUUGAGCGCACAGCACCUUGGGACCUUCCAAGUCGUCGCAUUCGGCCAUGGCUUUCCAACGGCUUGAUCAUCCAUUUCCAACUCUUCGGGGCCGUUUACAUGGCUUCGAGUGUAGGUGCAAUUGGUGCAGAGACGGAGCAGUUGGGUUACUAUCUUACAACCUUUGGGGCCAAGAUUGCCUACUGUGCCACUUUCGUCUUCAUACGUGCAGAUGAGUACCACAAGACACUUACGGAUGUGCUGCGCAAGGUGUCUGUUUCCAAUGUUGGCAUGGUGAGCAUACUCCGAGGUAGCUUUGAUAUUCUGUUGCCCUGCGUGCUGGACUCUGCAGGGCGCUGCAAGCUGCCGAGCACUUACUCCGGAGACAUGCUGAAGCUGGAGAAGAUGCUAGGCCCUGAUUGCCGCGUGGCUGGUGCCAAUUUGCGAGACCUCUUGGCCGAGCCGAGCGACAAGGCCGAGUUCUCCUCGUACCUUCGCAAUGUCGUGCGUCAGGCAGAUUGUCCACAGGCCUUCAGUGAGGCAACGUUGACAACCUCUGGGCUGUGGAGCUGUGGUGCGGGGGUCAUGCCUCCAAUUGCACAGGUUUUGCACAGCAAGAUGACGGGCUCAGCAGCAUCGAAAACACGACUACAUGCCACCCUUCACCUAUCUGUGGUGCCACGCUCUGCGGUGAGUUAUGGCAAGGAGCGCCACCUUGUGGCUGCGAUUCAGUUCGUAGAGGAGCCGGACAAGGAUGCUGAAGCCGCUAAGGAAAUUGAGCUUGGAGGUUUCGAAAGCUUCAAAGCAGCCGAACGGCAGACAUCUGCUGGAUCCACAACCAUAACGGAUGGACAAAGUGGAAUUGUCGCGAACUUGGCGGACCUCAACAAACUGGGAGCUUCUUGUCUCCUUGGCUCAGCAGAGGAGACAGAGGAAGGCAGUGCGUGUGGCCACUCCCAGAGUGACCGGACAUUGUCCCAUCUCGGGGCCUUCGUGCAGGGCUUUGACGAGCUAGGCCAACUGGGUGCCUUUGAUGCCCGCGUCUGUGGAUUGUGGGAGGGCACUACUAGCGAGGAGCUAGGUGGAUACCUGCAGCGCAUAGAAUUUAGCAAUGAUUGCAUCCACGCGAAGAUUUCAAUUAUGGAGCAGACCUUGGAAGCGACCUUUCGCAUGAAUUGCUCUCUGGAACCCAAGCAGCUGGACAUCGAGGUCUUGCCUUCGGGUGCUAAUUUGGCACCACCUCCUAUCCCCUACAUUUUCAAGUUUGAUCCUGAUGGUUCGCUGCACCUUUGCGGCCCUGCAGACAAUCGGUUGCGUCGACCAACAAGCUUCAAAGGUGCCGGCCUUUGUAUUAUGCAGAAAGCUGGAGCUCAGUCGGUCAAGUCACCUGUGCACGCACCGCCAGCUCCCAAGAAGGUUCACAGUGGGCCACUCGAGCCUGAGCCAGAGUUCAGCAGGAACGUCACUGAAGACGUCCGCCAAGAAAUGCCCACAGUCUACAUCAAGGAAUCCAAAACUAUAGGGCCUUGGCAGAAUCCUGCUCUCGCAGCCUCCAUGGCUUUGGCCAUCACGAGCACCUUCAUUGCAGCGCGGAAAUCUCUUUGA